UUGACUGAGACUGAGGAGCGUCUGCAUCCUCACCGAAUGCACUGCAGCUCCUCUGAAACAGCAUGGACAGCGGCGGGAGGAAAGUGGUCGUCUGUGACAAUGGGACGGGGUUUGUCAAGUGUGGUUUUGCUGGCUCCAAUUUUCCCGAUCAUAUCUUCCCGGCCCUGGUGGGACGUCCCAUCAUUCGGUCAGACACAAAAGUUGGAAAUGUAGAGAUCAAGGAUCUGAUGGUUGGUGACGAGGCGAGCGAAUGCCGCUCCAUGCUGGAGGUCUCGUACCCCAUGGAGAACGGGAUGGUCCGCUGCUGGGAGGACAUGCUGCACCUGUGGGAUCACACGUUCGGCCCGCGGCGGCUCAACAUCAGCCCUCCUGACUGUAAGGUCCUGCUGACGGAGCCGCCCCUGAACCCGCUGAAGAACCGGCAGAAGAUCGCCGAGGUCAUGUUUGAGACCUACAAGUUCCACGGCAUCUACAUCGCCAUUCAGGCCGUGCUGACUCUCUACGCUCAGGGUUUGUUGACCGGUGUGGUGAUCGACUCCGGAGAUGGUGUGACUCACAUCUGUCCCGUUUACGAGGGCUUCUCUCUCCCUCAUCUCACACGCCGCUUAGACAUCGCAGGACGUGACAUCACGCGCUAUCUGAUUAAGCUUUUGCUUCUGCGAGGCUAUGCCUUCAACCACACGGCGGACUUCGAGACGGUGCGGAUGAUGAAGGAGAAACUGUGUUUUGUUGGCUACAACAUUGAGCAGGAACAGAAACUGGCCAAUGAGACCACAAUCCUGGUGGAGUCCUACACGGUAAUACACUCGAAACCCUAGAAACACACUUACAGC